AUGUCGCAUAGCGUGGGCACUUCCACGCGUUCUCUGCACGCGGACGACGCGCUCAAUGUGGUCGCCGACGUUGCCCCUCCAAUGCACUUGUCCACCACCUUCCGAUACUCUGAUGAUCCUGCCGCUCUAAUUCCUGCGGCCGAUGCGGCCGAUGUUAGCAGUUCCGACGUCGACCCUACUUCGCACAUCUACUCCCGUCUCUCCGCGCCCAAUCCCACGCGUUUCGAAACCAUUCUAUCAUCCCUGCUCCAUGGCGACGCCAUCAGCUACUCCUCCGGUCUCUCCGCCCUCCAUGCGGCCCUCACCCUCCUCAACCCGCGCCGCAUCGCCAUUGGCAACGGCUACCACGGCUGCCACGGCGUCAUCGCCCUCUUCACCCGCCUCACUGGUCUCCAAAAGCUCGACCUCGACUGCCCUGCCGAAGAACUGCACUCCGGCGACGUCAUUCUCCUCGAAACCCCCGUGAACCCGUAUGGCACGGCCUUUGAUAUCGCCGCCUACGCCCAGAAAGCCCACUCCCGCGGUGCCGUCCUCAUUGUCGACAGCACCUUUGCCCCGCCCGGCCUGCAAGACCCCUUCCUCUUCGGCGCCGACCUCGUCAUGCACUCCGGCUCCAAAUACUUUGGCGGUCACUCGGACUUGCUGUGCGGCGUGCUCGCCACCCAGCGCAAGGACUGGGCCACCCAGCUCUUCACCGAUCGUGUCUUCCUUGGCUCCGUCAUGGGCAACAUGGAGUCCUGGCUCGGCGUUCGCUCCCUGCGCACCCUCGAUGUGCGUGUUCAGCGCCAGAGCGCCUCUGCGACCACCCUCAUCGCCUGGCUGCACGCCGCCUUGGUCGAUCCCGCGCCCGCUCCCACCUCCGACGCUGCCGCUGUCCGCGCCGUCCUGGCUUCCGUCUCUCACGCCAGUGUCCAGCAACCCACCGGUAACUGGCUACAGAAGCAGAUGCCGAACGGCUUCGGGCCUGUGUUCGCAAUCACCAUGCGCGAGGAGCGCUUCGCGCGUACACUGCCUACUAAACUACACCUAUUCCAGCAUGCGACAAGUCUAGGUGGCGUCGAGUCGCUGAUUGAAUGGCGGACGCUGUCGGAUGCGACGGUGGACCGGUGCUUGUUGCGGGUCAGUGUGGGACUGGAGAACUGGGAGGAUUUGAAGGCGGAUCUGGUGAAGGCGUUCCGGGAAUUGGGCGAGGAGUAG